UUCACCUCGCGAUUUAUUAAUUGAUAUAUGUUUGACCAGAAUGGAAGUGAAAGGCAGAAUGACAUAGUUUACAUUUAAAACAUUAUACUGUUUAAGUAGGGGAUAAUUGUAUUUUUCUUUUGAUUAAUGCCUGCUUAUUUUGACGUGUGAAUAGUCAACGCACAUGCAGUUCAUUGAACCUGUCGAGCUGGCGAAACGUCAUUGCCUACAUCUUGAGUGAUUUCCUCUUCUUUAAAUUAGUUUGCUUCUUAUUCACCGCAUACCUCAACUGAACAUCCUUCUGCUUCAACAAUACCAGUCGAUCUUGUUAUCAGUUCGGUGAAGCAAUGGGAAACACAACUCAAAAGGGUCGCCAUGCGUCUGGAGAUGACAUGGGGCCAUCUUUAACAGCUGGUCGAUAUAUGAACGAUUCGGGAUCAUUCGACCCUCCAGAUGUCCUUCCGCCAAACUUUCGGAGGGCCAGAGCUGCCACCACACAAAGUCAGGGUGACCCAGAGAAUCUUAAAGAAAAGUUAUUACCUACAGUGUUCAAAUGGGAAGGCGGUGGCAAGGAAGUGUACAUAUCAGGAUCAUUUAACCAGUGGCGACAAAAGAUACCACUCGCUAAAAGCCAUGGUGAUUUUUUUGCUAUUGUGAAUAUAGAGGAAGGAGACCAUCAAUAUAAGUUUUUUGUUGAUGGUCAGUGGGUGCACAACCCUAACGAGCCUACUGUAGAAAAUACUGUGGGUACAUUGAACAAUGUCAUCAAUGUGAAAAAAUCAGACUUUGAAGUAUUUGAAGCAUUAGCACUGGAUAGCAAAAACACCAACAGUGCCAAACGACUCGACAUCAGUGGUCCACAAAAUGAUUAUGGGCAGGAAGUACCCCCCAGACGGCCUGGAGAGAAACAUAGUGGGCCCCCUAUACUACCUCCUCAUCUACUGCAGGUCAUACUUAACAAGGACACACCAGCUCAUUGUGAGCCGACCCUGCUGCCUGAACCCAACCAUGUGAUGUUAAACCAUCUUUAUGCAUUGUCUAUAAAGGAUGGUGUGAUGGUGCUUAGCGGCACUCAUAGAUUCAGGAAAAAGUAUGUGACUACUCUACUAUACAAACCAAUAUAGCUUCUGUGUAUAAUUUAAUUAAUUGGCUCAUGUCAGACUGACAGCUAUUUUAGGAUUAUUUUUAAGGAAUAAAAGAGGAUAAUGACUGAUGUGAUAAUUGUCGAGUUGCCACAACUAGACAGAGUUGUUAUGUAAAUAGCUUAAACCAAGUAAACUUGAGUGCUUGUUGUGUAAAUAUAUAUUAUUGGAGUGUGUGUCUAUAAGAAGAGAGAUUGGAUGCUUGAAGUUGGAAGAAAAUUGUACUUUUAUUUUGUUCAAAGAAUGAAAUGUGAUAUGUACAUCUGUGUAUAUAUUAGGGUUGUAAAUUGUAAAUAGAUGUAAUUGUGUAUAGACUAACAGCAGUGACAACUGGAUUUUCAUAUUCACUUUUAUCUGACAUGAUGUGACAGUCGUAUUAAAUUUUUUACUUAUAUAGGAUUUCAGAGGUUUUGGAAACAAAAUUACAUGAAAUGGAAGGGAAUUGUUCAUCACCUUCAUCAUGUUUAGUUUUUGUUUUAUAAGAUAGGAAAAUGGUAUAAUAUCACAUCACACAUAGGUCAUGUGAUGAAAUGGUAAUCACACAACAUUAUACAAUGUACAUCUGUUUGUAUAUUGUUAACACUGGUUUUAUAUUGGAGCAUGUAAACACUGACAUGGAUUAGGUAUGGUAUUUUAAAGUGCUAAUGUAAAAUAUUUACUGACCAAAGUUAUGUUUUAAUUUGUUCAAGCUGAGAUACUGUGAUAAAAACAGAAAUUUCCUCUUUCAUUUCAUAAAGACUGUAAUAUUUCAAAAAUUUUCACAAUGUCUGGCUUUAAAAUAUUGAAGUUUUUAAAAGAAAUUGUUUUUUUUCCUGAUUAUGCUGAUAAAUAAUUACACUAACAAAAGAAUUAACAAAAAAAAGUGCAAUAAAAGUUUUGUCUGAUCAUUUUAUUUCAUAUAGUUGAAAUAAAACUUCUCUGUCUUCAUAUAAAACCCAUUGAAGGAUACCUUUAUUAUCAGAAGAUAGACUAGUCUAUUAGACCCUAGAUACACGAUUGGUGUUAGAUCAGUUAUCUGUGUUGAUUCUGAUAAUAGACUAGUCUAUUAGACCCUAGAUACACGAUUGGUGUUAGAUCAGUUAUCUGUAUUGAUUCUGAUAAUAGACUAGUCUAUUAGACCCUAGAUACACGAUUGGUGUUAGAUCAGUCAUCUGUGUUGAUUCUGAUA